CUUUGUUCAUUUCUCACAAAUCCUCUUGUAACAAUGGCGACGAGUCUCUCUUGCUCUGCCUCUGAUCUGAUUCCUUUACUAUCAGGUGGAGCCAAUGCCACCGCCGCAGCCGCCGCCGCUGAAUACAUCUGCGGGAGAUUCGACACAGUCGCCGGGAAAUUCACCGACGCCGCUUACGCAAUCGACAACACUUACCUUCUCUUCUCCGCUUACCUCGUUUUCGCGAUGCAGCUCGGAUUCGCCAUGCUCUGUGCCGGAUCUGUACGUGCUAAAAACACGAUGAACAUUAUGCUCACGAAUGUCAUCGACGCUGCAGCCGGAGGUCUCUUCUAUUACCUCUUCGGUUUCGCUUUCGCUUUUGGAUCUCCUUCUAAUGGAUUCAUCGGAAAACAUUUCUUUGGAAUGUAUGAUUUUCCUCAACCUACUUUUGAUUAUCCUUAUUUUUUAUAUCAAUGGACUUUCGCUAUCGCCGCCGCCGGAAUCACCAGUGGUUCGAUCGCGGAGAGGACUCAGUUCGUGGCGUAUUUGAUCUACUCUGCUUUUCUCACGGGUCUUGUUUACCCGAUUGUGUCGCAUUGGUUUUGGUCUUCUGAUGGUUGGGCUUCUCCGGCUAGAUCUGAGAACCUUCUGUUUCAAUCAGGUGUGAUUGAUUUCGCUGGUUCUGGUGUUGUUCAUAUGGUUGGAGGUAUUGCUGGUUUAUGGGGAGCUUUAAUUGAAGGGCCAAGAAUUGGUCGGUUUGGAGAUGGGGGUAAACCGGUUACGUUGCGUGGUCAUAGUGCUACGUUGGUUGUUCUUGGAACGUUUUUGUUAUGGUUCGGAUGGUACGGGUUUAACCCUGGAUCGUUCGCAACCAUUUUUAAGUCGUAUGGAGAGACUCCGGGGAACUCGUUUUACGGACAGUGGAGUGCGGUUGGAAGAACCGCGGUUACAACCACGUUAGCUGGUUGCACGGCGGCGUUAACGACUCUGUUUGGCAAAAGACUUAUUGAUGGGUAUUGGAAUGUUACUGAUGUUUGUAAUGGUUUGUUAGGCGGAUUUGCGGCUAUAACUAGCGGAUGUUCGGUUGUGGAACCGUGGGCCGCGCUUGUAUGCGGGUUUGUAGCCGCAUGGGUGCUGAUGGGAUUCAAUAGACUAGCUGAAAAGUUCCAUUUUGACGAUCCGUUGGAAGCAGCUCAGCUUCAUGGCGGUUGCGGUGCGUGGGGGAUCAUUUUCACCGGGUUGUUCGCGGAGAAAAGAUACAUUGCUGAGAUCUUUGGAGGGGACCCGAACAGGCCUUACGGGUUGCUAAUGGGAGGAGGAGGUAGGUUGCUUGCGGCUCACGUCGUUCAGAUUUUGGUGAUUACGGGUUGGGUUAGUGUGACAAUGGGGACUCUGUUUUAUAUUUUGCAUAAGCUGAAACUGUUGAGGAUACCGGCGGAGGAUGAGAUCGCCGGGGUGGAUCCGACGAGUCAUGGAGGGUUGGCUUAUAUGUACACAGAAGAUGAGAUCAGGAAUGGGAUCAUGGUUAGGAGAAACGGUGGUGAUAAUGCUCAAGGAAAUGUAGGUGUUUGAUUUGUUUGGUUUUAAUACUAUUUCUUAGCUUUUGUGUGAUCUUUUUCUAGUUGUUGUUUUGGUGUGUGUAUAUAUUUCAUUAAGUUGCUCUUUGCAUGGGAAUAAAAGAUAUUAGUUUCG